CUUAAAGAAUGUAAUACAUCAAUGAAACUUUUUUUUUUUUUUUAAUUUCUGCUGUUCCUGUAUUGCCUUUGCAGGAGAACUAAAAUACUAAAUCAUACAAUUCUUACACUCAUUUAUUCAAAAAUGGCUUUUUACUGAAUAUCUUGUUCAAAACACUGAAAGCAAACAAAAAAAAUUAUUUAAGAAAAAUUUUUUUUAAUUCUUUGUCUUGGUUGUCUAAGAAAAAAAUAUUGACAGUUUCAUUUUGAGCUAAUUUUGAAUUGAUAAGGAUUAAAGUGGAAUGGGCUGUAAGAUACUAAACAUUAAAAUUGAAUUCAUAAGCUUUAGUUUUUUUUAACAUAAAUAUAACUUAUACUAAUGUUACUAAUGUUUCUUAAUGUUAUUAGAACUGCUGUGAUUUUAGCAUGCUUCCCAUAAAGCAAAUAUCUAAACAUAAAACCAUUCAUUGACUAGCCUGUUACUUGAAAAAAUCAGACAAUUACUGUCAUAGUCUAGUAGUUUUAAAACCUCACUUAAAUACACCUUAGCUGAAGUUUAUAGUAUUUUUGGUGUGACAGUCAUUAUCACAAAGACUUUCAGAUUUAUCCGUAUCACAAAUGGAUGUUACAUAAUCACUACUUUCUAACUUUGACAUCUUUGGUUACAGGAUUUACUGUGUGUGUGUAAAAGGGUAGUCUUUUUGACAAACUUAGAAUUCUCCUUCCUCAUAUAGAUGAGAGACACAAAGCAUUAAUUUUUUUUUGCUAGCCAACAAAGUGUUUCCCAUCAGUUCUCAGACUUCCCAGAGCUUUAGUAAUUCUUCAUUGAGCCCAAUAGUGUGUAAAGAAGAAAUUCCGUAGCAUUUGAAGAGAGGGGCAACAGCAGAGACUUAAGGUUUAAUUUUGUUUGUCUGAUGCAUGGGGACCAGAUUAAUGAUAUAUAUUAAAAUAUAAGGAAAACAUCCAUAUCUAAUUUAAAAAUCCCACCUUUAAAACUAAGUUUACCUAAAAAACUUAAUUUUCUUUAUGUACAAGUUUAUUAUUUUAAGUAGAGUAUGCCAGUUUUCUUCACUGACCAGUUGAGAGGAGGAAAACCAUAGUUAAAAUAAAGUUGUGUUUGCUCUCACAAAAUAUGUGGAGAAGCUUCAGAAUUGAUCUCUCAAAUCUAAUGAGAUUUGUCUUUCCUAGAAAAAAAAAUUUUAACAAAAAUAAAAUAGAUGCCUCAAGUAGCUUAAAAUUAUAUCAUUUUUUUAUCUACUUGGUGAAAGAACAGGCUUAUAUUUGUAGUUCUUUAUCGUAAAAGUUUACAUCACAAAUUUUUAUCGUAGCCACUUUUUCAUUACAGAACUAUAGCAAAUAUCCCAGUGUUAGUAGACUGCUUCAGAAUUACACAGUAGCUUCUUUUUUUCAGAAUGCUUACACUAUUGUCAUGAUAAAUUGGCAGACAACUAAUAAUGUGGCAAAUCUGAAAACUCUUAAUACACUAACUUUAAAAUCAAGAAAAAAUAUUUGUUAUUCCAAGGUGAUUUUACCCGUGAAUUUCUUCAGGUUUUAUUUUUUUACUCAUAAGAAAAUAAAAAUGAUUCCCUUAUUUUAGAAUGAGUUUUGUUGUUGUUUUUUGUUUUUUUGUGUCAGUCAGUUUGAAGGCAUAGCUACUUUUCUAAAAGGUUGUGAGUGGCAUUACAUUUUUGUCAGUUAGAGAAUGAGUUACACAACUCAAAGGCUUUAGGUAAUCAAAAAUUAAGUUUGUUUUCUUUCCUGUUCUAGUUACCGGUUUACUAAAAUAGUGAGCAUACAUGAUCAUUGAGAAUUGGGCUUCUGGAGCACCUGAACAGAAAGGGAGUGGUUCAUAUUCAGCAUUACAAAAGACAACUUUCUCUUUUUGAAGGGGAUUACUUUGGCUAUUUUCCAGUGUUUGAGCAACACACCUCCACUUACUGAAUACUUCCUCAAUGAUAAGUAUCAAGAAGAACUGAAUUUUGACAAUCCCUUAGGAAUGAGAGGUGAAAUAGCUAAAUCAUAUGCUGAACUGAUCAAGCAAAUGUGGUCUGGAAAAUUUAGCUAUGUCACACCAAGAGCCUUUAAGACACAGGUAGGACGUUUUGCACCUCAGUUCUCUGGAUAUCAGCAGCAGGACUGUCAAGAAUUAUUAGCUUUCCUAUUAGAUGGACUACAUGAAGAUUUGAAUAGAAUUAGAAAAAAACCAUAUAUACAAUUGAAAGAUGCUGAUGGAAGGCCAGAUAAGGUGGUUGCUGAAGAAGCCUGGGAAAACCAUUUAAAAAGAAAUGAUUCUAUUAUAGUAGAUAUAUUUCAUGGCCUUUUCAAAUCAACUUUAGUUUGUCCUGAGUGUGCUAAGAUUUCAGUAACAUUUGAUCCUUUUUGUUACUUGACACUUCCAUUGCCCAUGAAAAAGGAACGUACCUUGGAAGUUUAUUUAGUUAGAAUGGAUCCACUUACCAAACCUAUGCAGUACAAAGUGGUUGUCCCCAAAAUUGGAAACAUAUCAGAUCUUUGUACAGCAUUAUCGGCUUUGUCAGGAGUACCUGCAGAUAAGAUGAUAGUUACUGAUAUAUACAAUCAUAGAUUUCACAGAAUAUUCGCUAUGGAUGAAAACCUUAGUAGUAUUAUGGAACGAGAUGAUAUUUAUGUGUUUGAAAUAAACAUCAAUAGGACAGAAGAUACAGAGCAAGUGAUUAUUCCUGUUUGCCUAAGAGAAAAGUUUAGACACUCAAGUUACACCCACCAUACUGGUUCUUCACUUUUUGGUCAGCCUUUUCUUAUGGCUCUACCACGAAACAAUACCGAAGAUAAACUCUAUAAUCUCCUGCUUUUGAGAAUGUGCCGAUAUGUCAAAAUAUCUACUGAAACUGAAGAAACUGAAGGAUCCCUACACUGCUAUAAGGACCAAAAUAUUAAUGGGAAUGGCCCAAAUGGCAUACAUGAAGAAGGCUCACCAAGUGAAAUGGAAACAGAUGAGCCAGAUGAUGAAUCCAGCCAGGAUCAAGAACUUCCCUCAGAGAAUGAAAACAGUCAGUCUGAAGAUUCAGUUGGAGGAGAUAAUGAUUCUGAAAAUGGAUUAUGUACCGAGGAAACUUGCAAAGGUCAACUCACGGGGCACAAAAAACGAUUGUUUACAUUCCAGUUCAACAACUUAGGCAAUACUGAUAUCAACUACAUCAAAGAUGAUACCAGGCAUAUAAGAUUUGAUGAUAGACAGCUUAGGCUAGAUGAAAGAUCUUUUCUUGCUUUGGAUUGGGAUCCUGAUUUGAAAAAAAGAUAUUUUGAUGAAAAUGCUGCUGAGGAUUUUGAAAAACACGAAAGUGUGGAAUAUAAACCUCCUAAAAAACCCUUUGUGAAAUUAAAAGAUUGCAUUGAACUUUUUACAACAAAAGAAAAACUAGGUGCUGAAGAUCCUUGGUAUUGUCCAAAUUGUAAAGAACAUCAACAGGCCACAAAAAAAUUGGAUUUAUGGUCCCUGCCUCCAGUACUUGUGGUACACCUCAAGCGAUUUUCUUACAGUCGAUACAUGAGAGACAAGUUGGAUACCUUAGUUGAUUUUCCUAUCAAUGACUUGGAUAUGUCGGAAUUCCUAAUUAAUCCAAAUGCAGGUCCUUGCCGCUAUAAUUUGAUUGCUGUUUCCAACCACUAUGGAGGGAUGGGAGGAGGACACUAUACUGCUUUCGCAAAAAAUAAAGAUGAUGGAAAAUGGUACUAUUUUGAUGACAGUAGUGUCUCAACCGCAUCUGAAGACCAAAUUGUGUCCAAAGCAGCAUAUGUACUCUUCUAUCAGAGACAAGAUACUUUCAGUGGAACUGGCUUUUUUCCUCUUGACCGAGAAACUAAAGGUGCUUCAGCUGCCACAGGCAUCCCAUUAGAAAGUGAUGAAGAUAGCAAUGAUAAUGACAAUGAUAUAGAAAAUGAAAAUUGUAUGCACACUAACUAAUGAAGUCAUAGAAGCCAUAAAAGAGACUUUUCUGCUGGUGGUAUCUAUUGAAAUGAUGAAGUUACCCACCACAUUAAAACAAGAAGUCUGAGAUGGGGAGUUUCAGAUAACCGAAUGUAAAUCCUUUAUCAGAUUUUAACUUGUGCAGUACUUGAAGUGAAACACAAUGAAAACUUUAACAGAAAUUGUCUCUUAAUACAUUUACAGUCUUGUAUUUACAAGCUAAAUAUAUAUAGGAAAUCACAAAUAAACCCCUUUUAAGUUUGCUGCUGUUUUGAUGAAUUAUGUUUUCUUUAAUUUUUUGGAUGUGAGUUAAUUGAUGACAGAUGUUAAAUUUGUGGAUGUUGGUCAUUUAUUUUAUUCUAAUAAUACGGCAAGAAAACUACGGCUGAACUUAGUUUUUUAAUCACCUAAUUUAUGUACAUUAAGCUGCCAUGUAUACUACUAUGAUAUUUUAGCUACAGGAUCAGUGUGGCAUAAAUACUGCAGUAGUAUUCUUGGAAAACCAAAUUUUUAAGUCUAUCCCUGGUAAUCAAUGUGGGCCUAUUAAAAAACCAAAUCAUAGGAAACAAUCUUGAAAAAGUUAUUUCCUUUUGUAGUAUCAUUAAAAAUCCAGAAUACUAUGUUCAUCUUACUGCUACUGUGGAAACAGGUUCUAGAUUUCACACUCCAUCUAAAGUCAUUUUUCAGUUAAAUAUAAGUUCUUUUUGUUUUGUUUUGUUUUUACUGCUAUUCGAAUUUAUUCAUUAAAGAUUCAAAUUCUUUUUGACUUGCUUUUAAAAAUGCAUACCUUUAAUUUGGUGUUGGUCCAAAAUUAAAAUUUUUUGCUGUCUGUUUUUCUCUACCCCAUUUUUUGAUAAUUUGGCAAUUUUUAGCUCUCCCAAUUAUGUAAUAUAAGGACAGACACAAUAAUAUUCUGUAUCCAUAGUAAUAAUUGCAUCAAGCUUAGAUGAGAGAUUUUUUGGCCUUUAAAUGAUGAAUGGGCAAUUGGCUUUAAAGGUAGGUCUGUUAACUUUCUUUGUGUGUUCCUGAUGGAAUUCACCAUAGCCUUACUGCUUUUCUCAGAAGGUAAUUUGUUGUAAGAGAAUUGGCAUUUGCAUGUUCCAGAGUCAGAACCUGUACAGUAUAUAAAGCAUAUAAACCUUGAAUUUGAUUUUAGUUCACCACAUUCAAGGAUCCAGGAUGCCAAAAAUAUGUGUGAACAUUUGAAACAUUUUUCAUUUUGCUGCUUUUUCCCUUUGAUCUAGUUGAAAGAAUGUAUUGUCGAUUGGCAUACAAUACUGCCUUUAAUAGAAAAUCUAAAUGCUGGGGCACAUUUCACAUAUCGACUACCUGAGAAAUUGCUUUGUGUCCCACUGUUAUUAAAGCAAAAAGUAUAAUGUUCUUCACUUGAACUAAUCAAAUACAAUAGAUUAUAAAUUGUGUAUUGUAAAUAAAAGUUCACUCUGUGAGUGCACAUUUUGGUAAAUUAUUUAUUUAUGUUAGCAUUAAAAAGAAAAAGAAAAAAAAAUGCAUUUGACCAGGAUAAAUGAGGUAUGUUGAUCAUGGCUUUGCUUUAUACCUUGGUAUUAAAACUGGUUUUUCAUCCUGGUAUUUUAAAAGCUGCUUUCGGUUUUUUUCUUUUUUCUUUUCCUCUUUAUCCUAAUUUUUUUUUUUAAUGUAAACUAACCUCCUGCAUGACAGAGGUUAAAAUUUAAAAUUUUGUCUGCACUUGGGUUCACUUGAGUUUACAUUUGAAAUGUGCAUGUUUAUUUAUACAGAUUUCAAUAAAGCUAUUCAAGGCCUUAUUUAGUCUUUUAUUUCUUACUCUGAAUCUUUUUAUAAGAAUCCUCCUAUUUUAUGGGUAGGUAACUGUAUGCUAGACUUUUUAGUUAUCAUAUAAUUAAUACUAGAAAGGAAAGCAUGUCAAAGCAAAGUGAAUUCUACUGUUACGGCCAUGUUUUAAAGUUGUGUUUUUUUUUUUUUUAAUACUGCAUUCAUUAAACAAGUCUGUUUGUGAGCCUGCCAAUCACUGUUCUAUGGUCUGGAGAUAACAGCAGUAAACAAAUAACCCUGCCUGACAGAGUGUACAUUCUUUCUGCCAUCUACUAACUAAUAGACUAUAGUUUCAUUUUCUGGAGGUUUAAAGAAAUAUCAAAGUUAAUGCUUUUUCUAGCCCUAGAUCGUAUCUCCACCCUUAUUCUGCAUAGAGACCGUUUCCUUUUUUUAAUGCCUAUCAUUAUCUUCUUCAAUUCCCACUAAAAGAAGUUGGCUUCUAAAUAGGAGAUGAUGUUAAUGGUGCCAUUGAAUCUGUCAAACUCAAAUGACAUUUCAGCUGCAAAAAAUAGAUUUUAAAAAUAAUGCAAAAAGAUAAUACAUACUCACUGUAACUAAAAGUAGAUAUAUUCAUAGGUAAUACAGGGUAGUAGGAGUAUAUCCAAACUAGAGUUCAACUUCUAGCUUUACCACUCAGCAAUCAUAUGACUCUGAAUUUCUUAAUCUCUCCUAGUCUGUUUCUUUACCUGUAAAAUAAUGUCAGUGAUAAUAGCUAGCAUGUAUUGAACACUUACAGUGGACCAAGCACUAUCUUAAGGUGUUUGUGUGCAUUAUCUCAUUUAAUCCCAUGACAGCUAUGAGAUACGUACAGUUGUCAUCCCCAUUUUUCACAUGGAGAAACUGAGGUACCAAGUUAAGUAACCCAAGGUCACACAAUAUGUGAUGGUGCCAGUAUUUUACCCCACAUGUACUGCCUCCCACUGUGUUAUAAUGUCUGCCUCACAGGAUUGUUGAGAGCUCAAAUGAGGUACAGUAUUUUAUGAGACAGUGCUUUGUAAACAAUGUAGUGUACUCCUUACUUAUUUGUUCAAUCUAAAUAGAAAGUCAUCUUGAAGUCUAAUGUCUGCUUCUAAAAGUGUCUUCAGCUUAGUAUUUCAGUACGAAUAAGAAAGAUAACCAGCUGGAAUACAAUGAAUCUUUCCCUUUUAAAAUUAACUUCAUUCAACUUAUGUUCAUUUAUUACAAUUUUAACUAAAUCUUAAAUGUAAUCUUCACUUUUUUCUUAUCCCUUCAUUUAACUCAAGUUGUGCCCGUCUUUCCAUUUCCCCAAAUGGAACUUGACACAGACUUGAAUUCCAGAACUUUCCCUUCACCUAUAAAUAAGUUUUAAUUAAUAUCCAUGAAAAACGCUCAGCCUGAUGCUUUAUUUAAGGAGCCUUGGUGGCACAGUGGUUAAGUGCUCGGCUGCUAACCAAAAGGUCAGUGGUUCAAACCCACCAGUCACUCUGCAGGAGAAAGA